ACCAAAAAAAGUGGAUGCUCUGUGCCAGGCCCAUGCUAAGCCACUACAUGCCUUGCCUGAUUUAUCUCCCCAGCAAACAAGUGUGGUAGAUGGGGCUCUCUUGCUUCUGGAAAGCACAGCAAAUGGCACAGGGAGGGGCUCGGGCCCGGGGCAGGGAAUGUGACAUUGUUAGGUACAGAUACCAGCUGUGCCUGAGGCCUCCAGAUAACAUUUCAGCCUGUCUGGGGCCCUGCUGUUCCCCCUUCCAGAAUGCCUUCCUCUCUUCCCCACUUGGGAAUGGUUCUGCAUCGUUUUGGAAGGAGUGGCUCUAUGGAGUUUUAGGAAUGAUAUCAGUGGUCACAGCCAUGGCCAGGCUGUCAAUUAAUAAGCCCCUAUUAUGAAUCAGGCAUUGACUCGUUGAACUACUUAUAGCAACCCAUUUUACAGAUGGAGAGACAGAAGCCUACAGCAAAGAGGCCUUGCCGAGGGUCAUAGAGCUGCGAAGAUGUGAACUACAGGCUGCCUGAUAACACAGGCAGCUUCACUAGAGGUGACUAGGACUCUUGCCUGCUGGCCUUUUGGCCAGUUCGGUGGGAAGUGCUGAGGCUUUGCGCCUCUGAACUCUAGUUGUGGAGAUUUACAGCUGCGUGACCCAGGGCAAAGCCCUCAACCUCUCUGUGCCUAACCUCACAGGGCCCUGCUGAAGAUUGCCUGAGACAAGAUAAGAUUCAUUAACACCCCGCCAGGGGCAGAGUGGGAGCUAAUGUCUCCAUCCAGGCUGGGGAGACUGGAGUUAGGAGCCGCAGACUUACGCUCCCUGGGCUUUUCAUUGAUUUAACCAGGCUUAUUUGCCUUCACUGUGUACCACACUGGUACCACACUGAUCGAAAUGCUUUCCGUGACUUAACACAUCUAAUCUUCACAACAGCCCUAUACGACUGGGGUUACUGGUGGGCCCACUUUUAAGAUGAGGCCCCAGAGCGGUGGCGUCUCCUGAACGAGGCCGCACCCCGCGGUCUGGACCAGAGCCCAUGCUAUUUCUCCUGUGGAGCAGCUUUAAAUCGGAGUGGGGACUGGGACUUGGGGGUUGGCCUGGCUCUGCGGGGUUCCGGGUGGUUCCACCUGCCCCAAGGCUGCCUGCGUCACAGCUCAGCAGCGCCCCCAAACCCCGCUUCCCCCUGCGCCCUGGGAAAGGUCGGCGGAGGGCGGGGGUCCUGCAUCCGCUGCGCCCCUUCCCACUCGGUGCCCUCACCGCAGCAGGGCGACCCCUGCGCGGCGGGGCUCAGGCUGGGCCGCCCGGGCUUGUUUACCGGGCCGGGGCGGGGCGGGGCGGUCACGUGGCCGUGUUUAUCUCGGAGCCGGCGCGCGCCGUCCCAGCCCCCGCCCCCGCCCCCUCGGUUUGCCGGUAAUCCCGGCGCGCGCCCCUCCCCGUGCGUGCGCGUGACCGCCGGCUGCGGGGGCGGGGCCUAAGCGCUCCGCCCCUUCCCACGGGGUGAUGGGUUCCCGCCCAGCCUGCGCCGCGAGCCUAAUACAGAUCCCCGCAGUCCCCCAGUGUACACGCCGCGGUCCGCGCAGCGCAGGCAACGAGCGUGUCCCCAGAGCCCUGGCUCCUUUCCACCGUUCCUCCUCUGGUGUGGGAAAGGUGUCCUGGGGCUUACGGGAGCCCGCUUUCCUCCAGGCACCCGAAGGUCUCCGGUGAUCGUGGGGUCUAAGCCUUUCGAUCCGCGGCGCCCACGCUGGUGGCGCGCUCCUGGGUUGCCAGCGCCCAGCUCUUCGGAAGCGCGUUCCCCUCGGCGCUUCUGGGCUCCUGCACUGCGGAGGGCGCGGUGCGGCGCGGCGCGGCGUCCCUCUUAACGGCUGGGUCCAAGCGGUUAAGAUGCUGGUGCCGCCCCGCCCCCAGCUUGGGGCUGCAUUUGGCCGCCAAGUGUGACCCUGUUAUCUCAGACCCAGCUGCCUGGGCCGGUCAACCACCCCUUCUUCAUCCAACGGAGCCUUUCGGGGCGCCCGCUGUGCGCCGCACCCAGUGGUCGGACACUGAGGACAGGGGGCGGGCGACGCCCCCUCCCGCGGGCAGCACAGUCGGGGGUCCCAGACGCGGUGGCCUGUGAGGAGCCUGAAGGCGGAGUGUGGCUGAGAGCCCACACGGGCCGGCCACUGACUGGCUCAGUGACUCUGGGCUGGCUGCCCAACCUCCGUGUCUCAGUUUCUCCAUCUGUAAAAUGGGGGUACAGCACGUGGGAGCCAGAAGAGCACAUUUUGGACCCCCGCCUCGUCAUGGCCUACGAGGAGAAGUACGGUGUCCUCAGCGCCACUGGGGAGGAGAGAGACCGAGCAUCGGGGUAUAGGAAGAGAGGUCCGAAACCCAAGCGGCUUCUGCUGCAGCGGCUGUACAGCAUGGACCUGCGGAGCUCCCACAAGGCCAAGGGCAAGGAGAAGCUCUGCUUCUCCCUGACGUGCCCACUCGGCAGCGGGAGCCCCGAGGGGGUGGUCAAGGCGGGGGCACCUGAGCUGGUGGACAAGGGCCCCUUGGUGCCCACCCUGCCCUUCCCGCUCCGCAAGCCCCGAAAGGCCCACAAGUACCUGCGGCUCUCACGCAAGAAGUUCCCGCCCCGCGGGCCCAACCUGGAGAGCCACAGCCAUCGACGGGAGCUCUUCCUGCAGGAGCCACCGGCCCCAGACGUCCUGCAGGCGGCCGGCGAGUGGGAGCCUGCUGCGCAGCCCCCUGAAGAGGAGGCAGAUGCCGACCUGGCUGAGGGGCCUCCUCCCUGGACACCUGCGCUCCCCUCAAGUGAGGUGACUGUGACCGACAUCACCGCCAACUCCAUCACCGUCACCUUCCGUGAGGCCCAGGCGGCUGAGGGCUUCUUCCGAGACCGCAGCGGGAAGUUCUGAGUCACCGUUUUUACUCUUCUUAAACUGUUUUUUUUUGGGCUUGGGGUGGGACUUCCAGAGAGAGGGAUGGGUUGGGGGCGGGGUAAUUAUUUUAUUUAAAAAAAUACCGAGCAGCAAAAGGGGAGAAGAUCCCACUACUCUCCCACCACCUGCCCUUUCUCUGAGGACGUUUACCACGAGGCCUCAGGCUGGGGAUGGAGAGAGUUGCUCUGGGAGUUGGGGCACCACCCCCAGGGCAGGAGGGGGACAGGGUCGCCUGCCCGGGACACCACCGUGAUUCUCCUCUAGUGACGCAGCAGCUGAUUGUGGGGGUUAAAGGAGCAUUGGAAGGCCCGAACCCUCUCCCUUGAGCGGCCCACCCCAGCCUGGUUGGCUGGUUUUCCUCUUUUCUUUUUGUUUCGAUUGGGUCUUUACCUUGAACUUUCCUCUCUGGCUUUGCAGUGGGCUGUGGAGGCUGGUUUUGACCAAAAGUGAGUGGGGUGGGAGCAAGGGGCAGGAGGAAGGGUUGAGGUUGCUGGGGCAAGUCCCUUCCCCUUCAGAGAGGCUUCUACCCUUCCCAGGGAGGAGGCGCCGCCGAGACCCUUCUGCUGAGAGCUCUGCCCUCCCCCCAUCACCUGGCCUGUGCAGAAACGCUCACGUACGCCCGGCUGCACAGGUGUGCACGCAUUACCCUUCGCGUGUACGUUCCCAUGUGCCCCGUGAACGCAUGUGUGUCUACAGACGUGUCCACAUGGGCCUUGCAAACCUGGUUUAGAAACCCUGGCCAGGUGAACAUGGGGUGGUUCACAGCACAAAAGAACUCACCGCCACGCCUGCACUCACCCCACCUUGCAUGCACCUUGCUACGUGCUUGCAGCUUUCAGCGGAGGGCAGGGGUCUGGCACAGGUGCGAUGGCACCCCAUGCGCCAGGCACGCAGAUGUGGUUUCUCAGGCUGCGGGUGUGCAGGCGUCUGCUGAGUUGUGUGAUGUCUCAGCGCAGGCUUGGAGACACCUGGACCCUGUCCUUCCUCCCCCGAAGGGUUCUUGUUCUUUCUGACUCAGGUGACUUUUCAGCCCUUCCAAUUCCCCUCUUUCUCUGCCCUCCCCUCCAACUCAGCCAGUCCAGCUGUGGGCAGUCAGGGAGGGAGGGAGUGUCCCACCACGUUCUCAGGGCAGCCCUUGACUCCUAAGCCCCUUCCUCCUUCCAUUCUGCAUCCCCCUCCCCAUCCAACCUAAAUGCCACAGCUGGGGCUGAGCUGUGUUUCUGUGGAGGGACCUCUGCCACGCCUCUCUGAGGUCAGGCUGUGCUGUGUGAUGGGCAGGCUUAGCCCCAGCCCGCCCCCUGGCCAGGUGCACUUGUUUUCUGGCUUUUACAAGGUGUCCUGGGGCCAGUGGCUUCCCUGCCAGUGAGGAGUGACUUCUCCCUCUCUUCCAGUUCUGUAGGGGAGAAAAAGCCAGACUGGGGGUCCCGAGGGGAGCAUGGAAAAGGCCGGCUUCCCUGGCUUUCCUUGGCUGUCAGAGUGAGGGUGACACACACCAAGAGUGGAGUGUGGUUGGCGAGUUGGAAACCCGCCCGCCCUCCCCGCAGCUCUGCUCUGUGUCCUCAGGAAGCCACAGAGUCUACGGAGGCAAGGAGAGGGCGCUUCUUUCCCCAGACCCCUUCUUCCCUAGUUCCCAAACCAAAGACAGCCUGCAGCCCUUUCUGCUUGGGGUGCUCUGUUGACAGGCUUCCCAGAUCCCUGAGUCUCUCUCUCCUUCCUUCUCGAUCUUUAGUUGUCCACGGUCAAUUCAGUGCUUCCACGGGGGGACAGUCCCCUCUGGGGUGACCUGAUUCACCUCCAGCCCAGGGAAUGGAAUCUAGAGGAAUACGUGGGGAGGGUCUGGACAAGGGGUGGCAGGAAUCACCACCCGUCUCCAGCUGUGGGCCCUGUGGAGGGGAAGGGGAAGCCUGGGGUUCAGAGGGAACUCUUCCAGGAGAGGGGUGCCCAGCGGAGGUGAAGGGGAUGGGGGGUGUGGGGGGUCUCUGGUUGACUGUUUUGGCCCAUGGGUUUGGAACGUGGCUGGCAGCUUCCAGCAGACGUCACGCUCCCCAUCCCCCAGGGGACACGGAACCUUCUUCCUGCUUCCUGGUCACUUUCAAAGAACUAUUUGCGCAAUCUUUGGGUCUGUGGAUUCACGGGGCUUUCUGUGUGGGCGCUGCAGUUGCUUUUGUCUGCAGCAGCAGGACACGUCUUUCCUCUUACUCAGCCCUUUAUGGCCCAUGGGGAACUCUGUGGCUCAGGGAGAGCUGAACUCCAGGGGCGUGACCUGGGACAGGUGGUGCCUGAGGCGCCCAGCUCAGGGCAGCCACGUGGCUCAUGGGCUGCAGUGAGCCAGCUCCCUGGGGAAAAGGCUGUGGACCAUUAGGACCAUCCUCCGGGACAGGUGACCUCUAUGAGGUCACCUAUGGCUGUGGCCGUGCAGGCCUCCUUCCAGCCCAGAGUGGCCCAGUAGAGUAAGGCAGACAGUGACCUCCACCCCCGCAGCCCCCUUAAAAGGCCAGUACUCUUGGGGGUGGGGGGAGGGUUUAGAAAGCAUUUGCCCACCUGCCUUUCUUUCCCCCAGCCCGCACCCGCUUUGAAUGUAGAGACCUGCGGGCACUUUUCCUUUUGUGGUGGGGGGUGUGGAGGAUGUACCCCUACCCCUGGCACGGCCGCCUGGAAUGCAGGACUAUCACUGCUGUUAGGGUGAUGACCUCGUUGCCAAGCUCCUCCUCUCCCCUUGUUCUGGGGGCAGGCGCUGUGCUUCUGUGAGGUGGUUUAGCUUUUGCUUCAUAAGUGGCCAGCCGCGGCCACCAGGUCUCAGCACAAGAGCGCUUCCUUUGCACAGAAUGAGCUUUGAGCUUUGUUCAGACUAAAUGAAUGUAUCUGGGAGGGGUCGGGGGCACGAGCUGGCUCCAAACACAUGCCUUUGCUGAGUGUGUGUGUGCUGGGAGAUCAGAGUGGAUGUAGAGCGCGGUUUUAUUUUUGUACUGACAUUGGUAAGAGACUGUAUAGCAUCUAUUUAUUUAGAUGAUUUAUCUGGUAAAUGAGGCAAAAAAAAUUAUUAAAAAUACAUUAAAGAUGAUU